CGGGGCAAAGGACCCGUCAUUCCUUUCCUCAGCGUAAUUUGCCGAGAUCCGCCACUUGGGUUUCGUAUGCAAACGAGGAGGGCUUCCCGCAGGCGGGGCCGGGCUGGGCGCCCACUCUGCUCCGCGCUCUGCGUGCGAGCGGCGGGCCGGCUCCAGCGCCCAGGACCGGAGCCCAGGAGCCCAGGACCGGAGAAGCAUGCCCUCGCCCGCCACCGCCGGGGACGGCGCGACACUGAAGCGGGGAGUAAAUGAAUAAAAGAAGCCCGUCUGAGAAGCUGGCGAUAUUCAAGACUGGCAAAGGAAGCCCAUUCAGCCUCUUCACGCUUCUGUUUUCAGGGACUGACCAUUUCUCAGUCCCUGGAGGGAGAUUCCCUGCUCUAAGGAAGUGAAAAUAAUGAACUUUUGGAGGUACUGCCUUUUUGCUUUCACUGCGCUGAGUGUGGUUCUGUUUGUGAUACGUUACAACGGCCGAUUAAGCCUGCCCCAGAGGAAGCUGAAUGGUUCCAGCGAAAGGGACUCCGUAGUCAGUGCCUGUGAGGACGCCCUGCAGGAGAAGUCCGCUGUUCUCUGGGAGAGGACGUUGCCAUCGCCUUUGGGAAGCGUCCCCUGCGAGGACUACCUGAUCCAGAGCCACUACAUCACCAGCCCCCUGUCGGAAGAAGAAGUGGCGUUCCCGUUGGCAUAUGUCAUGGUCAUCCAUAAAGACUUUGGUACUUUUGAACGGCUCUUCAGGGCUGUCUACAUGCCCCAGAACAUCUACUGUGUUCAUGUGGAUGAGAAGGCCACGGUGGAGUUUAAGGCAUCUGUGUGGCAGUUACUGAGCUGCUUCCCAAAUGCCUUUCUGGCUUCAAAGACCGAGUCUGUAGUCUACGCGGGAAUGUCCAGGCUCCAGGCGGACCUGAACUGCCUGAGAGACCUGGUGGCCUCCGAGGUCCCGUGGAAGUACGCCAUCAACACCUGUGGGCAAGACUUCCCCCUGAAAACCAACAAGGAGAUCAUUCAGCAUCUGAAAGCCUUCAAAGGGAAAAACAUUACCCCGGGGGUGCUGCCUCCGGCUCAUGCAAUUGGACGGACUAAGUACGUCCACCAAGAGCACAGAGGCAAAGACGGCUCUUUUGUGAGGAACACGAAUGUUUUGAAAACCUCACCUCCACAUCAGCUGACCAUUUACUUUGGCACUGCCUACGUGGCCCUUACCAGGGAGUUUGUCAACUUCAUCUUCCAUGACAAAAGGGCCAUCGAUCUACUGCACUGGUCAAAGGAUACGUAUAGCCCUGAUGAACAUUUCUGGGUGACGCUUAAUAGGAUUCCAAGUGUCCCUGGCUCCAUGCCCAAUGCAUCAUGGACUGGUAACCUCAGAGCCGUGAAGUGGAUUGACAUGGAAGACAAACACGGAGGCUGCCAUGGCCACUACGUGCGUGGCAUUUGUAUCUAUGGAAAUGGAGACUUAAAGUGGUUGAUUAAUUCGCCGAGCCUUUUUGCUAACAAGUUUGAACUUACUACAUACCCGCUUACUGUGGAAUGCCUAGAACUGAGACUUCGAGAAAGAACCUUAAAUCAGAGUGAAACUGCAGUACAACCCAGCUGGUAUUUUUGAUCGCCUGCAACUUGUGAUUGAAGGGAAGUCGCUGUUGGGAAGAAGAGCUUUUGAGAGAGGACUUCACCUUGGCCAACAGUUUCAGGACUGAGGUCAUGACCUCAGGAUCUGGCUCCACUACUAUAUGUUGAAAUAUCCACUGGACAAUAACAGGAGGCUGUGCAGAGCGGUCCUGGCCCUUUGUCCACUCUGGCUGCUUCCUGAUGCUCACCUCUGUGCCAGCUUGUUGUUCUGAUCAAUGAUCAUUUUCACUAUUGUCACAUCUUUGCACCAGAUAUUCACUAUAUAUAAAUGUUCUAAUCGAAAGGAGAAGUGUAUGUAAUAUGAUUUAGGAAAGAAGAACUGGGUUUCUUUGAAGAGGGAAUCUUUUAUAACAGACCUAUAGCCACAUAUUAAUGAACACCACUCUUCUUUGCUCAACUGUACAUAGAUGUACAAGCAGCUUUCUGGAUAACUCACCGAUCUCCUUUCAAACUUGAGCUACUAGAACUGAAGAACUAGAUCCUGUUCCUGAGUUUUAGCACUAGCAUUUUCAGUUUUCUUGCUGAAGUUCUGUAUAAAGUCAUUAACAGGAGGCAGAAUGUGCUUUAAGCAGUCACUGCCUGCUGCUUCAGUAAAAGGACCCCAGGCAAGCAGAACAUUUCUCGAUUAUAUCAGAAUGUGCUCUGAUCCCCCUUCAUCAUUUUUCAUUGAUAACGCUGAAAAGUUCUCACAGAAUGAAGAAACUCCUAGAAGAGAGGUGGUAUUGCAUGGAUCUAGUCUCAAGUCUCUUAUACCUCAGAAUGAACCAAUCUCUUCUGCCACCCCCCUCCACCCCCACCAAAGUUAUCUUAACUGCAAAAUGGAGACCAAAUCUAUCCUUGAGGCUUUAACAAUGCUAUAGUGUUCUCUGAGUGGCUUAACAAUGUCUGGUGCUGAUAAGAAUGCCUAGAUUUUUAAGAGCUUUCAAUUAUGGGUAAGCAUCCCUUGCCAUUUAUCUCUUGUCCAUUCCCUCAUCCAAUUCAUUCAGCAUGCAGUCAGUAAAUAUUUAUUGUCUACUAUACACCAGACACAUGCUGAGACAAAGAGGGAAAAGUAAGACACAAGCUUUUUCACUCUAAAAAUCUUGGUAAUGUGGAGGUUGCAUAGACUGCUCUAGAGAACCUUAGAUAAUGGUUGUAUUUUAAUACAUUCACAUGUAGACUGUAGAUUGUGAUAUCGAACCAAGGAUCUCAGUAAUUACAAACUGAGGUUUAAGUCAGAGAUCACUCAAAAGAGAGAAGGGAAGGAAGCUAAAAAAGCCUAUGUGUCCAAGACAUUCUGCUAGCUCACUGCACUUAAACCUCACAGCACUCUUGUGAGGUCCUCAUACCCCUGUUUUGCAGAUGAAGUGAGUGAAGCUUAGAGAAGUUGUUACUAAGCAUUAGGAAACAAGCUCUCUGUCUGACAAUUGGGAUUCUCCUACUGGUCUUAGUUCAUUUCCUGGGGUGGAAUAUUAAAGAAGGUGAAAUAUAGCCAGGUAAGGUAGGUUUUAAGAAUGAUCUUAGCCCUGACCGGUUUGGUUCAGUGGAUAGAGCGUCGGCCUGUGGACUGAAGGGUCCCAGGUUCGAUUCUGGUCAAGGGCAUGUACCUUGGUUGUGGGCACAUCCCCAGUGGGGGGUGUGCAGGAGGCAGCUGAUCGAUGUUUCUCUCUCAUCGAUGUUUCUGACUCUUUAUCCCUCUUCCUUCCUCUCUGUAAAAAAUCAAUAAAAUAUAUAUUUAAGAAUGAUCUCAGUGUUAAUAUUGAGAAAAUGUCAUGUCACCUCAGAAAAGUGUGAAGUCUACUUUUGUAUUCCUCUAAUCCAGUGGUUCUCAACCUUCCUAAUGCCGCGACCUUUUAAUACAGUUCCUCAUGUUGUGGUGACCCCUAACCAUAAAAUUAUUUUCGUUGCUACUUCAUAACUGUAAUUUUGCUACUGUUCUGAAUCAUAAUGUAAAUAUCUGAUAUGCUAUAUGUGUUUUCUGAUGGUCGCGACCCACAGGUUGAGAACCGCAAUCCAUUGAGCUCCUUAAUAUUUAUCCUCAUGAAAAACAGUUACUUCAACUAAUGAUGCAUUUAAUUAACACAAUUUUUCUUUUUUUCCUAUAAUUGUGCCUGUUGAAUGUUAAUCUUAUUUAAAGAGAAUGACUGAAAUAAAGCCUUCUUUGUUCCUGCUGCUUAAAAAGAUGGAAGUGCAUUGGGUGGUAAAGGGCUGAGGGUUAGGGAACACACUGAGAGCUAAUGGCAAAGUCAUUUUUCAACUUACUUAAAUGACACCAUCUAGAAGAAGAAAUGUUUUACACUGGAUAUUCUCACAUAGAAUGAGAAAUCUUUUGGAAUAGAUGUUUACAUGUCCAUUGCUAGUCACCUCUCCUGUGUCUUUAAUACUUUAAUCUUGGAAGUGUGUAGUGUUGGACUAGUGGCUUUCUCCUUUCCAAGGAGACGACCCAAAACUACUGAAUCUGUCUUUGUUUUUGAUGCUGUUAUAUGUUGUUUUCUUGGAAAUAAAUUAAUAUAUUGUUUUCCACC